AGUACAAAUGGGUGAAAAGAAGAUGUGCAUUCUAACAGAACCCCAGUUUUUCACAUGUAACAGUGACUUUUAACCUUGAGUAGUUGAAAAAUGUUGGACUUUCUGAGGAAAACUUCAAGCAGACAUUUGGAUGGUGCUUUUUUUGUGCAUGCUCGACCGGAGGACUCAGAGAAAUCCUCUGAGAUUUUUUAGGUUUGGCUGUGCAAAAGUCUCCCUUUCAAGGCUGUUCAAGUUUCACUGUAUUUUUGUGUCACAGAACCAACUCGGACUGUAAUGACUCUGCUUCCCAUUUUUUAAAUUCCCACAUCUGAUCCAGUUGGACGCACGAUAAGUUGUGUGAACUCACAAAAAGAGUGAAAUAUCUCAUUCAAGUUUUUAUCCAAAUGUUUUUAGGGCUACACAGGAAUCUGCUGAAACAAUGACCUAUUAUUAUCAAAUGUAAGUCAAUACCAAUGGGUUUUGCAAAGGUGAAAAAUAUUAGGACACUGACCUAUCAUGUAAGUAGAUCUUCAUAUAUAAAACUGUUUCCUCAACUGGAUGUACUAUCUAACCAACAGAGAACAACCCUCAGAUCAGCUAAAGUCAUUCUGCUUUCUUGGGACUUUUGUUUCUUUUGGAAGGAACCUCAGACCUCUUCAGUUAUUACGAUAUACUGUCAGCUUUAUAAUUUCAAAAAGUUUCACUUCAAGUCUAAACCUGCAAUGCAGUUUUUUAUUUAUUGUGUUGUUUCACUUUGUCCUCCUUUUGUCGCUGUCGAGGAUUGUUCUACCACACAAUUCUGUGAUUCCUCCUGUGUAGAAUGGGGACUCCAUUUCCCAGCAGCCAAUGGUGAAUACCAGUCUCCUAUAAAUUUAAACUCCAGGGAGGCCCAAUACGACCCCUCCCUGCUGGACGUGGGCUUAUCUCCAAACUAUGUGGUGUGUCGAGACUGCGAAGUCGUAAAUGACGGACACACCGUCCGCAUCCUCCUCAAGUCCAAGUCAGUGGUUACAGGGGGCCCGCUACCCAGUGACCAUGAGUAUGAACUUCACGAGGUUCGGUUCCACUGGGGCAAGGAAAACCAGAGGGGGUCAGAGCACACAGUCAACUUUAAGGCUUUCCCCAUGGAGCUCCACCUGAUUCACUGGAACAGCACCCUGUUUAACUCAUUAGAAGAUGCACUGGGGAGGAAGAACGGGGUCCUCAUCAUCGCUCUGUUCGUCCAGGUUGGUAAAGAACACCUGGGUCUGAAGGCCAUCACUGAAGUUCUACAGGACCUACAGUACAAGGGAAAAAGCAAGAUCAUUCCAUGCUUCAAUCCCAACACCCUUCUACCUGAUCCUCUGCUGAGGGACUACUGGGUCUACGACGGGUCUUUGACCACGCCCCCUUGCAGUGAAAACGUCACCUGGAUCCUCUACCGUUACCCACUCACCAUCUCACAGAUGCAGAUCGAGGAGUUUCGGAGGUUGCGCUCUCAUGUCAAGGGGGCAGAGCUUCUUGAAGGGAAUGACGGGAUGCUGGGAGACAACUUCCGUCCCACCCAACCCCUCAGUGACCGUACGGUUCGCGCUGCCUUCCAGUGACUCCUCUGCCCUCUUAAAAACAACUGUGACCCCACAGAGAAAAGAAGUCAAAGGGGAGAGAGAAGCAGAGGUGUGAAGAAGAGAACAGAAAACCAAGGAAAGGCAAAGUUGAUGGGAUUGUAUAUCUGCUGCAGAAUGAAGUGGACAAAGAAGCUUUUGAGCUCCAAACUUUGCUGCAUGCUUUGUGUUGAGUGUGUGCUGGCAGAGGCACAGGGUUCCUGUUCUGUAGGUUUGUUUUUCUUUCUUUUAUCACUUUCUUGCUUUGUUUCGUUGGAUGUGCUGCCUGGGAGUAGAUGUUCUGUAGUUUGAGUCACUUUAUGUGUGUGGAGAAUGAUAAAUAUCUGACCCAGCCUAAAAAAUGUCUUUGAAUGAACUCACUUAAGUUUCUAGAGAAAUAUCUGUAAUGUAAUGAUCUUACUCCUUUUUACAAGCUGCUUUGGCAACAAACUUAUAAUAAAAGUCUACAAUAAGUCAUUUUUAGGACUUAAAAAUUGAGUUAAAUGUUAUAAAGUGCUCAAGGUGGGUCAUUAAAUUUGUUUUUCUCUGCUGAAAGUGUAUGACUGUCUAGUUUUUUCAGAGAAAGCGAUUCUAAUCACUUAAAUCCUAAUCUAUUACCUAUGGUCAUCAGGUACAAACGUCACUGUCAUAAUUCGUCAAUUGAAUCUUCAGUAAUCUAGUAUAAAAUCCGACUUUUUGCUGUUUUGAUUCAAUGUAAGAGAGUUUAAAGUGAUGCUCUUCACCAGUAUGUCUGUUCAUCGUCUUCAACGGGACCACGGGUGUCAAAAUGAGCUGAUACAAACUGUGAGAACUGAUGACUGUUACUGUAAAGCUACAAUAAACUACAGCAGUGACUUACUGAGA